AUGUUCGCCGCAAGAAGAGCAUUGACUGGAGCAGUCCAAACCAGAGCUUUCUCUGCUUCUGCUAGAGAUCUCUCCAAGGUUACCGUCCUCGGUGCUGCUGGAGGAAUUGGACAACCAUUGUCCCUUCUCCUCAAGUUGAACCCCCGCGUUACCGAUUUGGCUUUGUACGAUAUCCGUGGAGGUCCAGGUGUCGCAGCUGAUAUUUCCCACAUCAACACCAAGUCCAAGGUUACCGGAUAUGAGCCAACCCCAACUGGUCUCGCCUCUGCUCUCAAAGAUGCCGAAAUCGUCUUGAUCCCAGCUGGUGUUCCACGUAAACCUGGUAUGACUCGUGAUGAUCUCUUCAACACCAACGCAUCCAUUGUUCGCGAUCUCGCAAAGGCUGCUGCUGAGUCUGCACCAAACGCCAACAUUCUCGUUAUCUCCAACCCAGUUAACUCAACUGUUCCAAUUGUUGCCGAGAUCUUCAAGGCCAAGGGAGUUUACAACCCAAAGAGACUUUUCGGUGUUACCACUUUGGAUGUUGUUAGAGCUAGCAGAUUCGUUAGUGAGAUUAAGAAGUCCGACCCAGCCGAUGAGAACAUUGUUGUUGUUGGUGGACACUCUGGUGUUACCAUUGUUCCUCUCUUCUCUCAAUCUUCCCACCCAGAUCUCGUCGGUAACGAGAACCUCCUCAAGCGUGUUCAAUUCGGUGGUGAUGAAGUUGUUCAAGCUAAGGACGGUGCUGGAUCUGCUACCCUCUCCAUGGCUAUGGCUGGUGCCCGUAUGGCCGAAUCUUUGUUGAAGGCUUCUCAAGGAGAGAAGGGUGUUGUUGAGCCAACUUUUGUUGACAGCCCAUUGUACAAGGAUCAAGGUGUUGAUUUCUUCGCUAGCAAGGUUGAGUUGGGACCAGAUGGUGUUCAAAAGAUCUUGGAAGUUGGAAAGGUUGAUGCUGCUGAGGAGAAGUUGUUGGAGGCAUGCUUGGCCGAUUUGAAGAAGAACAUCGCAAAGGGUGUUGAAUUCGUCGCCAAGAACCCAGGAAACUAA